AGAGGUUCUUAGAACCAUUUAAAUGGAGCAUCCAGUCUGGGGAAAAAAAGCCAAAAUCCUGUGAAAUUCAAGGUGUUCUAGACACACAAAAUAAGCACUGCCUUACUCACACAACAAACUAAGCCCAUGUUUAUAUUCCCCAUGCCACAAUAGUCUCUUUCUGAAUAGUUAAUAUCCCCCUCUGUUUAUCUUGAAUAAUGUUCUUAGUAUCUUGAAUAACUGGAACAUCAUUUUUAUGCAUUUUUAUGCAUUUUUUUAAAAUGUAAUUUGCAUAAGUGUAUGCAUGAUUGUAUAAUAAGAUGUCAUUUUAGACGCAUUGGGAAUAACCUUGAAAUUGCAAUUCAUGUGGUGAUAAUACCUCACAAGUUUUCAGACCCAGUACUUGAACCUGUUAAGAGGGAGUAAACACUUUCUGAAAUAACUCUUUUUUCCAAGAUCUUCAAGAAAGAGAAAACAUGAUUCAAUGGAGUUGGGAAAUGGCACCAGAGUAAAAGAAUUUAUAUUUCUGGGACUUACUCAAUCCCAGGACCUAAGCUUGGUCUUGUUUCUUUUUUUAUGUCUUAUGUACAUGACGACUCUGCUGGGAAACCUCCUCAUCAUGAUCACUGUGACCUGUGAGUCUCGCCUUCACACGCCCAUGUACUUCCUGCUCCGCAAUCUAGCCAUCCUUGACAUCUGCUUCUCCUCGAUAACUGCUCCUAAAGUCUUGCUGGACCUUCUGUCAAAGAAAAAGACCAUAUCUUACACAAGCUGCAUGACACAGAUAUUUCUCUUCCACCUCCUUGGUGGGGCAGACAUUUUUUCUCUCUCUGUAAUGGCGUUUGACCGCUACAUGGCCAUCUCCAAGCCCCUGCGCUAUGUGACCAUCAUGGGUAGGGGACGAUGCACUGCCCUCAUCACGGCCUCCUGGGUGGGGGGCUUUGUCCACUCCAUUGUGCAGAUCUCCCUGCUGCUGCCCCUCCCUUUCUGUGGACCCAAUGUUCUUGACACUUUCUACUGCGAUGUCCCCCAGGUCCUCAAACUCGCCUGCACUGACACUUUUGCUCUUGAGCUCCUGAUUAUUUCAAACAAUGGCCUAGUCACUACCCUGUGGUUUAUCUUCCUGCUUGUGUCCUACACAGUCAUCCUAAUGAUGCUAAGGUCUCAGGCAGGAGAGGCCAGGAGGAAAGCCAUCUCCACAUGCACUUCCCACAUCACUGUGGUGACCCUACAUUUCGUGCCCUGCAUCUAUGUCUACGCCCGGCCCUUCACGGCCCUCCCCACAGAUAAGGCCCUCUCUGUCACCUUCACUGUCAUCUCCCCUCUGCUGAACCCUUUGAUCUACACUCUGAGGAACCAGGAAAUGAAGUCAGCCAUGAGAAGACUGAAGAGAAGGCUCAUGCCUUCUGAAAGGGAAUAGAAAAUGAAUCCAACUCUUCAUGAUCAAAGACGCCUUAUAUUAUUUUUCCCAUGAAUUCACAUUUACAUUCUCAGAUAUAAUGUCAACAAACCAACUAUACUGACUAUGAACAAUUUGUUUUCCUACUUCAGUUAGUAAAUAACUAAUCAUCCAGGCUUCUGUGCAGCAUGAAGUAACUAGUGUUUCAGAAGUGAACUGACUGAUAUUUUUCCAAAGACCAAGUAACCUUAUGUCAAUCAAGACAGCUAUAUGGCAGGCAGAUAAGAGAUUAAUUCCAACACUUUUUUCAGAAGAUAAGGAAAUAAAAGUCUAGAGAGAUAAAGUGAUGUGUUCAAGGUCUCAUAUUAAUUACAGAGACAUCUUCAGAUACCCAACCCCAUUGUUUUUCUACUACAUUAAUGUAAUUUAUUACAUGGUUGGACCUAUCUAUACCAAUCUAUAAUCCUGUUCCAGAAGGAUCUUAUGAUCAGUGCCUCUGGAGUACAUAUAUGUGAAUAUGUAUGGCCUAUCACAUAUUGAGAAAUUUGCCUCUGCUGAGUUAAACUAAAGUGGGCUCAUGAGCUACUGAGAACUUCAUAGGUACAUAAUGGUUAUCCCCCUGGAUUCCUAUCAAGAUUGAUGAAGCUUGGGAAGAUUUCUCAUUAUGACCUAAAGGCAUGUAUCUUAAUGCAGAACUAGACAUGCCAGACAUUCUCAUUAUGAGUUUGAAUAAAGGCAGAACGCUCUAGGCCAGGCGCCAUGGCUCACACUUGUAAUCUCAGCACUUUGGGAGGCUGAGGCGGGUGG